CUGCUGUUUACAAAGUUCCUUUCAUUGAACAUACCUUUGAACUGCACAGCAGCUUUUCAACAAAACCACAAACCGCUUUUCGCAUUUUCAUACAAUUUUCCUUGAUAAACGUUGUAAAACCAAAGAAGUUCCACCAUGUCGUAUAUGUUACCUCAUUUACACAAUGGAUGGCAAGUGGACCAGGCCAUUCUAUCGGAGGAAGAUCGUGUUGUGGUAAUUCGCUUUGGUCACGAUUGGGAUCCCGCGUGCAUGAAAAUGGAUGAGGUCCUCUACAGCAUUGCCGAGAAAGUGAAAAAUUUCGCUGUAAUUUAUUUGGUAGACAUCACGGAAGUUCCCGAUUUCAAUAAAAUGUACGAAUUGUACGACCCCUGCACGGUAAUGUUCUUCUUCCGCAACAAACACAUAAUGAUUGAUUUGGGCACCGGUAAUAACAACAAAAUCAAUUGGCCACUAGAGGAUAAACAGGAAAUGAUUGAUAUUGUGGAAACGGUCUAUCGAGGAGCGAGAAAAGGUCGUGGUCUGGUCGUAUCACCCAAAGAUUAUUCAACAAAAUACAGAUACUAGGUUAUUUGGUGGAUACGGAAAUAUUUCAAUAAGACUAAAUUAUUGUAGGUAAAAUUCGUAUAUUUUAAAAAUAAAAUAGUGUUUAGAAUAAUAUACAAA